GACACUUUUUCUAAAAAGGUUAAACCAGAAGAGGGAGCAUGAACUGGGCAGUUAGUCUCAUGUAGACCAUUUCCUGAACCUGUGGUAACUGUAGACCAUAAAAUAAUACAACUGCUGUAAGUAAAAUGUACACAAAAAUUAAGCAAACUAGUGUAUACCAGGAUAUGUGCUGCACAUGCCUCGUGUUUAGUUUACUUGAGGUGUUAUUGAAUUGAUGCAAAUGAUAUUUUCAUUAUUGGUUAAUCUGGCAAUUACUUUUGUGACCAAACAGUCCACAACUCAAAGAUAUUAAAUUUCCAAUUCGAAAAGCAGCAAAAUCUCAUAUAUGAAAAGCUGGAACAAGCCAUUUUUUGUUUGAUUAAAUGAUUGAUUGCCAUUAAUUGAUAGUCAAAAUUGUUGCAGAAACAUUUUUCCGUCAUUAAAUGAAUAUAUUAAUCUAAAAUUGUUGUAAAGUACACAGUCAAGGUCCUUGUAAGUCUCUUCUAGAUAAAGCAUCAUGCGUUUCAUAGAAAAAUGCAACACUCUAAUUUAAGUUUAAACAGUCCUGCUUUGUAUGGUACCAGGCUUUUAAAAGAGUUUAAGACAUUGAUAUUAAAGCAUAUUUUACUGCACAUGAAGCUCAUUUAACUACAAUGUUAAGAGCUGUUGUAAUAUGUGAACUUAUAGUCUACAUCUUAAAGUCCACAUUGUAUUUAAAAUGUCUCAUCCACUACUUCCUGUCCUCCUGUGUCGAUGCCAGAUCUGCUCACUGCUGUGAAGAUCUUGGGCGGCUCUCCAGUUGAGAUAGCGGCAGCUUCUGUUGGUGAGACAAGUCUGGUGAAAGCUGUCCGGAAAAUGGAGGAAGACGGAAAAAGUUUGGACCUCACACUGGAGGUGGUGGAGCCAGAAGUUCUGGAAGCAACCCCAGAGGUGUUGGCUAAAGAAGAAGCUGAAGAGGGAACCUUAGUGACUGAGGAAGAGUUGCAGUCUGCAGAGGCUGAUGCAGAAUCACCAGCUGCUGAAGAGCUGGUAAAAGAAGAAACACCUGCACCUGUAGCAGCAGCAGCUGAGGAGGAGGAGGCUAUAUCUCUGUCUGAGGAACCUGCAACUUCAACCCUGACAGUGGAGGAAGUGGGUGAGGUUGAGUCUGAAGACCAGGCUGCGGUCCCUGCAGCUGCUCCAGAGGAGGCUGUCUCCUCUACAGAUACCUCACCUGAAGAUGCAGCUCCUGCUGAGGAGGCUACACCAGCUGAGGAGGCCAUCACCGCUGCUGAAGCUGCUCCAGUGGAUGAGACGACAUCUGCUGCUGAGACAUGGGUGGAGGACGCAGCAGCUGAAGCGUCGACAGAGGAGGCAGUUGAAGCUUUGGCAACAACACACAGUGAAGCUGCAGCAGUUGUGGACACGACUCAGCUGGCAGCAGCCUCCUCUGGGUCAGACCUGGAGGUCCUUUCUGCUGCAUCAGAGGCUCCAGUACAUGAGGCCAAGCACUGCCACUCUUGCCACUCUGCUACAUCAGCAGCAGAGGAGGUGGCGCCUCCUGCUGCUUUGGGAGUGCAGCUGACCAGUGAGGAAGUUGUGGAUAUAACACUGGAGGUCAGGGAGGCAGUGUCCCUGGCGGAAGGACAAAAGCCAAAGGUGUCUAUCUGGACAGUAAAAAGCUGCUCAGUGAUGUAAUAGUACAGUUAAGAAGCCACAGAGACUAUGGAGGUGGCGACAACCCAGUCAUGACAUGACGGACAGUGUGCCUUCCACAACACUCGCUUCACUCCCGUCAGCCAAGCCAGGACAACCGAUUUAAACACAAGGAGAACUAGCCACUGGUCUAACUAGCUAAUGUGUCCUUUUUAAAAUGGUUUCAAAGGUGUUUUUUAUGUUUCCUAUCUUUUUUCUGAUCAAUCUUUAUUAGCAUUUGUGAAAUUAUUCCCAUUAUGUCUCUUGUCCUCUAGGUGUCACUGUAGCAAAGCUUUUCAUGACAAGUUCAAUAGAACACAAGUUUCUUUGUAGUUUCUGAUGUAGUGUGAUGUAAUGCUGUGAUAGACUUAUUUUCAUAGAUGUUGCCUAAUCAGCCCAACAAUAUCUACCAACGAAGACUGCACCAGGAUUUUUUAAUUGGGGGAAUAGUACAAAUAGGUGCAGACAUGAAUAUAUUAUGUAGUUUAAGACCAUUACACUUUUAUUAUGUUGCUAAUUGGAAAGUGAUGCUUUCCUAGAAAGAACAUGACAUAAAAUACUAGUAAAAUGUAUUGCACCAAUGCUGAUAUUUGCUUUUUAAAGCUGACUUCAACUGAUGUCAUUAAUACAUCUAUAUAUAUAUAUUCGUAUAUUUAUAUUUUCCUAUUCUUUUCUUAUUGUAGACAAUUUUACCUUUUCUUUUCUUAUUGUAGACAAUUACCGUACAGGUUCAAUUAACAUUCCUCCAAUUCUCUCCAGUUGCAGACAUAUCAUCAUAUAUCGUCAUUAUAUAUUAACUAUAUAUCAUAUGAACAUAUAAAAUAGUUAAUAUACCUAUUUGUAUUUAGUUAUUUAAUAUGUCUUUGCUGUCAUAA